AUGAAGAAGAAAGGCGGCUCGUCCCGCUUCCCAGUCGCCCGAAUAAAGAAGAUCAUGCAGGCGGAUGAAGAUGUAGGUAAAGUUGCCCAAGCGACCCCAUUGCUAGUUUCCAAAGCGGUAGAGAUGUUCAUGCAAUCCUUGGUCGAGGCGGCCGUCGAGGAAGCCCAACGGCGCGGGUCGCGAAAAGUGCAAGCAUACCACCUGAAACAAGCAAUCAAUGUCACGCCGGCGUUCGAUUUCCUGAAAGACAUCGUCGCCAAGAUCGCCGAUCCGGUGCAUGGAGCAGCCGACGACCCGGAGCCUUCCUCGGCCAAGCGCAUCUGUUGA